AGCUCACACCAGCGGCAGCGAGAGAGAGGGGACUUGGGGAGAGGGAGAGGGAGGGAAGCUAGCGGCGGGGCGCGGCGGCCUCGUCGCUCACGGAGGGCGUCGGUGGCAGGCUAGGGAGGGAGCGGGGCGGCCAGGUGCCGUUCCAUGGCGGCGGCGGAGGCCAACGGCGGGGGAGGGGACCCCGCGGCGAGGCGGCGGUGGGAUCUGCCCGGCAAAGGGGUCGACAGCAGCAUACCAACGGGGAAAGAGGUUGUAGAAAUGUCCACAGAUGAAGAAUCAGAUUGUGUGGUUAUAUGUCCAUCCAAUGGAAAAGCUGAUAACGAAGAAGUUAUGAGUGGCAGCCAUGAUGAAGAUUCUCUGAAAGGGAAAGAGGCCCCUUCUCUUAUAGGCUCACAUAUGGAUAGUAGUGCACAGGAAGACCUGCCCGCAAGUCGUUAUUCGGCGAAGCUUAUUGAUGAACAGAAGUCUUCUCUUCCCAAUUCACCAACAAAGCCUGGUAUAACUGGGCAGAAGGGGUCUAACCAUACUGUUCCUCAGCCAUUUUCUCUUGCAACUAAAAGGAGGGUUUCCGGAGAAGUAUCUUGUACUUCAGUGUCUCAUUCCACCAGCAACGGAGAAAAACUUUCUGACAGAAGUAGCACCUCACCGGCAAGCAUGGCUAAGAAGAGUCCAUCGCUGACACCCAGGAAGCCUCAACAAUCUGACAAUACUUCCCACAGUCAAGAAGAGGACUCAUAUUCGAUUACUUCUUCAACUGUAACUUCAGCGAGAGGUGGAAAAACUAAGAAGACAACAGUUCCUGUUCCGCCUACUUUUAUAUGUGGCAACCGUGCUGAGAAGAGGGGGGAGUUUUACACAAAAUUGGAAGAGAAGCGCAAGGCUUUGGAAGAUGAGAAACUUGAAGCAGAUGCAAGGAAAAAGGAAGAGCAAGAAACAGUGCUAAAACAAAUGAGAAAGAACCUGGUUAUUAGAGCAAAACCCAUGCCAAGCUUCUACCAAGAGGGUCCCCCUCCAAAGGUUGAACUUAAGAAGGUGCCACCAACACGUGCCAAAUCACCAAAAUUGACACGGAGAAAGAGCUGCAGUGAUACCCCUCUUACGCCAGAGGGAGGAAAUAGCAGUGCAUCAUGUUGUCGGUUGCAUCGUCACAGCAUCGGGAACUUAAAAAAUGGUAACAGUGCUGCUCAGUGUUCUCCAAAGAGCUCUCCAAGGACUGGAGCAGCUACGAAAACCAGAGCGACCAAGUCCACCAUGAAGAAUGCGGGUCAGCCAGGUGGUGCUGCGAAUGUUGCUGUACGGACCUAAAUACAAUUCUCAUUGCCAUGCCAUUUUUCAUUCUAAUUUAUACCUCUCAUCACCAGAAGACAGUGUUUGUGUCCCGACAACAUGUGUGUUGGUUGCUGGAUUAUUUUUGCAUUCUCCCUGUAAGAACCUUGGUACUGAGAGCAUGUGAUGUUCGAUGUUGUAAAUUUCAUGAGGGUUUUGUAAGGGGUGACUGAGUCUGUUCUUUCUGCAAGGGACUAAUCUGGCAGCCGAUAAGCUGUUGGAAUGACAUUGUUGAUGUUGUACUAUGGCGGAUGGCACUGUAUGACAUUGUUGGUGUUGAUGUAUGGCGGAUUGCGCUGUCCACAGAUCCUAUGGUGGUGUAUGUAACCAGCAACUUAUUAUGAGCCAAGGAAUUGUGAAUGUUUGGAUUGUUGCUAAAUACAUCCUGAGUUUCAUC